UAGGAUCCGACCCGCCAAGCCAAGUCCUUGAGCUUUGUGAAAGGCAAAAACCAAGAAGCGCAAACCAACGCCGUUUCAAUGGCUUCACUCUUUCAAUUACUCCUCCUAAAUCAGAGGCGCUCCCUCUGCACCAAAGUCCCCACUUCGAAAUGGAAAGUGAAGCAAGUCACUACCUCCAACUUCAACGAAUCUUUGGAAGAGAUAAAAAUCCACAUCUCUUCUUCCGACUUCAUCGCCAUAUCAAUGGAAAAGACCGGUUCUUCUUUGGUGACUCCGUGGCACCGCGUUCAACCCUUUGACACGGCUGAAACUGCUUAUCUUAAGGCUAGUCACUCCGCCCAGCGAUUUCAGUUGCUUCAGUUCGCAGUCUGCCCGUUUUCUGUUACGGACUCUAACAACCUCGUUGCUCACCCGUAUAAUUUUCUUUUGUUUCCAAGGGAUGAGUUGAAGCUGGGUAUGCCUGCUUACAGUUUUUUUUGCCAGACAUCUCAUCUAACGUCCAUGGCUUGCCAGGGUUUUGAUUUCAAUGCUAGCAUAUAUGAAGGCAUAUCAUAUUUGUCCAGAGCACAAGAGUCAGCUGCUAAAGUACGUUUAGGGACUAAUUCUCCAUCUCUUGGUGUGAUGAAAUCUUCUUCACCCCCUACCAUUGCUGAUUCAGUUUUUGUCGAGAGGAUCAGAUUACGGAUUAAACAUUGGAGAAAUUCAUGUAAAAAAUCUGGCACAAAGACAAGCAAAGAUGAAGAAAUUAUCAUCUCUCUUAGGAACAUUGUCCUGGGUAGCGAACUGUUCAAAUCAAGACCGUGCUUGACUAUAGAUGUUUGCAGCGAACGUCAAGUGCAGCUAAUUCUUGAGAUGUUAGUAGACUUCUCAGAUGACUUCCUUCCUUUGGUGAUCCCUUCAAAAGGUGGGACCACUCAGGCAGUACGUAUUGUUUUAGCGAAUUCAAAAGAAGAUAAGGAAUUUAUGGAGAGAGAGGUUCAUAGUUUGGAAGAGAAGGAGAGCAAGAAAAUUCGUGGAUUUCGAGAGGUGAUCGAUUUGAUUUCCGCUUCACAGAAACCUGUUAUCUCCCACAAUUGCCUUAAUGAUUGUACAUUUAUUCAUUCAAAAUUCAUUGUGCCACUUCCAUCAGAAGUAGAUGAAUUUGAGAGCUCCAUGCACAUGAUUUUCCCCAAAGUGCUCGACAUGAUUUAUUUGAUGAAGAAAAGUGGAACCAUGAGAAAAGUUACCAACAUACGCAAUGCGUUAACCUUCUUGAACACUCAUUUCUUUGCACCAGUUGAUAUGGAAAUUCCCGACCAAGAUACAGUGAACAAAGGCAAAAUUGAUGGACUUGAUGCGUUAAGGCUAUCCUAUUUAUUUAUGAAGCUCUGCUCUAUAUUGAAAAUUUCCCCUAUUGUUACUCGAUCUGGCAAUAGGCGAUUGGCCCCGGAGCUUGAAGACUUCACUAAUGUAUUCCAUCCAUGUUCAACCAAUAUCCAAGAGUCAUGCAGUGAAGAUGUUGGUUUGUGGAACAAUAAUACAAGAAAAAUCAAUUCUGAACAUUUGGUUUUCUUAUGGGGAUUUAAAUUUGGUAUGACGGCUGGCAUGCUGAAGAGUGUUCUUCGUGCGUCCCAUGACAUAUUUUCGGGAGAGUUUGAUGUUCGAUUCGUUGAUAAGAGUUGUGCCAUCGUCGUUUUCUGGCAACCUGGGCUAUCAAAAGAUUUUCUAGAUGUAAUGAACAGUGAAGAAAUUGGUGGAGGCUUAAAGGAGUUAGUAUCAGAUGGUUUGAGGGUAACAUGUUAUGAGACCUACAGAACAAUGUGUAGGCUAGGAUUGUGGGAAAUGGAUCUUGCAGAGUCUUUAGAAAGAGCCUUGGAGAGUUUUGUCAGUGAUACAGAGAUUAACAAUGAAAGAAAAUCUUCUUCUGAGAUUCAUUGGUGUAAUGACAAUGUAAUUAACUUGGAUGAUCUUUAAUGUUGUAGUUAACCUAUAUUCUUUGAAGUUAGUUCCAUCAUUUGAUGAUUGCAAACUAGCGCAAUGUAGGAAGAUAGGAGUUCAAAUUGUUGUAUAAUGUGAUAUUAUUAUGAUGAGUUAGUUAACGUCUUGUCUCGAAUUUGAAUUCGAAAUUUGAUAGUUGUGUGAGAGUUUAUGGUGGUAUUU